AGUUGGUGAAAGCAUUUCAACCCUAUAAAGAACUCAGUUUUGGGUGAACCAUCUCAGCAAUAUUUUCCUUCUCCAGCUUCAAAACUUUCAUUCUGUUUUCAUUUCUUUCCAAAAUUCAUAGUACUCCUUUACUUUCCUGUACGUGCAAUGAAGAUUUGCAGUAUUAAUGGUGGUGAUCCCUUGAACUGGGGCGUGGCUGCGGACUCGAUGAAAGGUAGUCACCUUGAUGAGGUGAAGCGCAUGGUGGAGGAGUACCGCAAGCCAGUGGUGCGGCUAGGAGAUGAGACCCUCACCAUAUCUCAGGUGGCGGCCGUCGCAACCCGCGGCGGUGGCGAUGCUGCCGUGGUCCAGGUGGAGCUCUCUGACUCAGCUCGAGCAGGAGUCAAGGCCAGCAGUGACUGGGUGGUGGAGAGUAAUGCCCUCACCGCUGGUUUUGGUGCAUCCUCACACAGGAGUACCAAUCAGGGUGGUGCCCUUCAAAACGAGCUCAUUAGAUUCUUGAAUGUUGGAAUCUUUGGCAAUGGCACUGAAUCUUGCCACACAUUACCUGAUUCAACGACGAGGGCGGCCAUGCUGGUGAGGAUCAACACCCUCCUCCAAGGCUACUCAGGCAUUAGGUUUGAAAUCAUGGAAGCCAUUUCCAAGUUACUCAACCACAACAUCACCCCAUGCUUGCCACUCCGGGGAACAAUCACUGCAUCCGGCGACCUGGUUCCUCUGUCCUAUAUAGCUGGGCUUUUGACUGGCAGGCCCAAUUCCAAGGCAGUAGGGCCCAACGGGGAGUCCCUUGACGCCACCAAGGCCUUCGAACAAGCCGGAAUCAAUGGUGGGUUUUUUGAGUUACAACCCAAAGAGGGUGUAGCGCUAGUGAACGGCACUACAGUUGGGUCCGGUCUAGCUUCCAUUGUUCUUUUUGAGGCCAACAUUCAAGCACUUCUCUCCGAAAUCUUAUCUGCAAUUUUUGCCGAAGUCAUGCAGGGAAAGCCCGAAUUUACAGACCACUUGUCACAUAAAUUGAAGCACCACCCCGGCCAAAUAGAGGCAGCGGCUAUAAUGGAGCACAUUUUGGAUGGAAGUGCUUAUGUUAAAGCAGCUCAAAAGUUGCAUGAUACCAAUCCCCUUCAGAAGCCUAAAAAAGACAUGUACGCCCUUCGCACCUCUCCCCAAUGGCUAGGUCCACAGAUUGAAGUGAUCAGGACAUCAACCAAAAUGAUUGAGCGGGAGAUUAACUCAGUGAAUGAUAACCCAUUGAUUGAUGUGUCGAGGAAUAAGGCUUUAUAUGGUGGGAAUUUCCAAGGGACCCCAAUUGGUGUUUCUAUGGAUAACACCCGCCUAGCCAUUGCUUCAAUUGGAAAAUUGAUGUUUGCUCAAAUUUCCGAGCUUGUCAAUGAUUUUUACAACAAGGGGUUGCCCUCAAAUCUCUCAGCAAGCCGCAAUCCAAGCCUGGAUUAUGGAUUCAAAGGUGCAGAAAUUGCCAUGGCAUCUUAUUGCUCCGAACUCCAAUUCCUAGCCAAUCCUGUCACCAAUCAUGUCCAAAGCGCUGAGCAACAUAACCAAGAUGUGAACUCCUUGGGGUUCAUUUCGUCAAGAAAGACAGCCGAGGCCGUGGACAUUUUGAAGCUCAUGUCAUCCACUUUCUUAGUCGCAUUAUGUCAAGCAAUUGAUCUGCGACAUUUGGAGGAGAACCUGAAGAACACAGUCAAGAGUACAGUGAGUCAGGUGGCCAAGAGAGUCCUAACCACGGGCUCUAAUGGCGAGCUUCACCCAUCCAGUUUAUGUGAAGAAGACUUGCUCAAAGUUUUGGACCAAGAGUAUGUUUUUGCUUACAUUGACGAUCCCUGCAACACAACAUACCCAUUAAUGCAGAAGCUGAGGCAAGUUCUACUGGAGCACGCGUUGAACAACGGCGACAAAGAGAGGGACUUGAGCACAUCCAUUUUCCAAAAGAUUGGAUCCUUCGAGGAGGAGCUUAAGGCCCUUUUGCCAAAAGAAGUAGAGAGUGCAAGAACAGAGUUGGAGAAUGGAAAAGCGGUAAUCCCGAAUCUGAUCAAGAACUGCAGAUCCUACCCGUUAUACAAGUUUGUGAGAGAAGAAUUGGGAACAAGUUUGCUAACUGGUGAGGAAGUUCGAUCACCGGGUGAAGAUUUCGACAAGGUUUUCACGGCAAUGUGUGCAGGGAAGUUGAAUGAUCCUAUGCUGGAUUGUCUGAAAGAGUGGAAUGGUGCUCCUCUUCCUAUAAUUUAAGAUGCUUGCGUUGUGUUUUUCUUGUUUUGGUUUUUGUCUUUUAAGUUGUUUUUCUGUUUAGUAAAAGUGCUUCCCUCACAAGCCGAUUGUUGUGGGCCAUUGGCAUUUGGUUUUUGGUCAAAUCAGUUGAAGGUUUGGAGAUGCAUGGGCAAAUUCAUGGGGAGCCCGGUGAUUCUAAUUAGGCCAGCCUAAGCCUCAAAACCAUGCACCCAUUGGACCGGAAGAAUCCAACUGAGAGCCCCAUGAAAUGAAUAUUGGACUUUGACCCUAACCAAACCCAUCUGUAAUUUGUCUGACUCCAUACUGAAUGGGCUCCAACUUCGGGUCGUCCGAAACGGUUAUAUAUGCCUUGUUUGUUAAACUACACCACAUUUCCCCA